UGCCCAGUAAAACAGUAUGUUGAUUGAAAUAGUGCAAAUAUUUAGGUGGGAAUGAAAUCAGAUUGUCACAAUAAUCUCAAUUAUUGGUAUAGUAUUCAUAUAAUCUCAAAAAAAAAAGGGCUUAAUUAAUUUUGUUAUCUACUUCUGGGUAAGAGGCUCGAACAAUAUAUGAUUUGCUGCAUGUUGGUAAAGAAAAACAAAUUCGAAAAUUUAACUUGCUAAUGUAGGAUUAGAUGUGACUAAUAAUAUGAGCCCUUGGCACAGUAUAAUCCUGCUUGGGUAAGAGGAAAAGAUGAACAAAUCCUGAAGAAACUCCUGCUCGUGCUGAAUUGUACAUUGUUGGGCUUGGCAAUUGUGGUGAUCCAUGAAAAGAAGAAAAAUUAUACGGCCCACGGCCACUUUGGUUGACGUCCACGUUACACUGCCACAAAACAGUCACUGAGCUCAUUGCAAUACGUGUCCCUCCAGCUGAAGGGUCUUCUGCAGCUAUUUGCACCUGCCAAAGCUAGUAUUAAAAACUGCAAGUUCCAUAUAUCCUUGCAAGGUAUCGCCUUUUGAGUCGUGUAUUACGUUGUUUCUUGUUUUGGAUAAAAUUGCUUUCUGCUUUCUUCUUUGGGUGAGGAGUUGGGUCGAGUGGUAUGUCCACGCCUUUCACUUCAAAGUAUUUAUCUUUCUACAAGAUGAGGAGUUGGGUCGAGUGGUUUGCAUGGCUUUUCAUAUGCUGCUACUCUCUUUAGCUACCACAUAAUUUGCUAGGACUGUCUUCUCUCAAAAAUGGCCUUUUGGGUUGUUCUUAUUCUUCUGGGGUUCUUUGAUUUUGAGGUGGUGGCAGCCUAGGAAAUCUUGUUCUGUUCAACAUUCAAUUUCCAUUCUCGAGGAGUGCAAAUGAAGUUUACUGAUUGGACAUGUAAACCCCCAAAACCUGGAAAUUACUCAUAGACUAACUGCGGCAGAAGCCCUGCAGAUCCUGCUUCCAGAAGUGUAUGUAAUAUGAAUCAUUGAUCCAUUCUGUGAAUUGUGCUUCUUGAGAGUGAGCAGAUACUGUGCUUGCAAAGAUGGAGACCGAAAUUAGUAAUAACCAAGUAUCAGGUGAAGAAGAGAAGAUGAGCAAAUCCCUAAAGAAAUUCCUGCUCAUAGUGAACGGUGCAAUGUUAGCGAUAGGCAAUUGUGGAGGUCCCCUUAUCCAGCGUCUCUACUUCUUGAAAGGUGGUAAGGGUGUCUGGAUAUCAAGCUUUCUUCAGACAGCUGGUUGGCCAUUUAUCAUAUUUCCUCUCUUUGUUUCAUACUUGUAUCGUCGAAGGAAGAAGGGUUCCAGGGCCAAGCUUUUCUAUAUAAGCCCUCAUCUCUUUUUAGCUUGUGCUGUCAUAGGUGUUCUUACUGGCUUGGAUGAUUUUCUUGCUGCCUAUGGUGUUUCUCUUCUACCCGUCACUACUUCUGCUCUUAUAAUAGCUACCCAACUGGGCUUUACUGCUGGAUUUGCUUAUAUUUUGGUAAAGCAAAAGUUCACACCUUUUACCAUUAAUGCAAUUUUCUUAUUGUCGAUUGGAGCUGUUGUCCUAGUCCUCCAUGCUAGUUCUGAUCGCCCUGCUCAUGAAACCGACAAACAGUACUUUAUGGGUUUUUUUAUGACACUUGGAGCUUCAGCGCUUUAUGGGUUUGUGCUACCCUUGAUCGAGUUGACAUAUAAGAAAGCAAAGCAGACCAUCACUUACACUCUAGUUAUGGAGAUGCAGAUGGUUUUGUCUUUCUUCGCUACUGCAUUCUGCACCAUUGGGAUGCUUCUGCACAAGGAUUUUGCGACAAUUCCAGGAGAGGCAAGAGACUUCGAGCUUGGGAGAGCAAAAUAUUAUGUGGUGAUGGUGUUUACUGCAGUAUUUUGGCAAUUCUUCUUCAUGGGAGCAGUUGGUGUCGUUUUCUGUCAUUCCUCGUUGCUCUCUGGUAUUAUAAUUGCUACUCUGCUGCCUGUGACAGAGACAUUAGCUGUGUUGUUCUACCAUGAAAAAUUCCGAGUGGAGAAGGGGAUUUCUCUUGUUUUGUCUCUCUGGGGCUUCAUUUCUUACUUCCAUGGUGAACUCCAGCAAAACAAGAAACUUAGAAUCAGGCUUCAAAAUUAGGAGAAGUUCGAUCAUAUGUUGGAUAUAUGUAAUAAGUGCUUGUAUAUGUUUGUUACCAAGUUUCAGAUUGAGAGACAAUUGUUAUCAUGUGACCAUGCCUGAUUUAAAAGUUCUGUCCAACUGAAGUUUUUAACUGCAUGAUAAGCUCACUUGAAAUAAGAGAGUUGCUUCUUUA